UCUAUCUCAUCAACCUCUGAAAACUUCAAAGACAAGAACAAUGGCCAAGCUCAUGCUAGUCAUCUCUCUCAUAUCAUUGUUCAUCAUCUCAACCUUGGCCGCAGCACCGCCUACUCCAGACUGCACACCUGUUUUAUAUCAAAUGGCAGAUUGUGUGUCAUUUGUUCAAGAUGGAAGCAAUGAAACCUUUCCUGAUAAAAAGUGUUGCGCUGCCGUUACCAGCGCCGUUGCUAUCAGCCCUGACUGUUUGUGCUUUGCUUUAGAACAAGCAGCCAAUUUAGGAUAUAAAAUAAACAUGACCCAAGCUGCACUUCUUCCCAAAGACUGCAAGGUCAAGCAACAAAUCAAUUGCAACAGUACUAACCCACCAAGUCCAUCUCCAAAACCAUCACCAACACCACCAAAACAUUCACCACCAUCUCCAUCACCAACACCAACACCAACACCAUCACCAUCACCAUCACCACCAUCUACAACACCACCAUCACCACCUGCCCCUCCAUUGACACCGACAUUAGCACCAUCUCCGGCAACACAAACACCUGCACCUUCUCCCAAGAAAUCUGAUGCAGUUAAUGUUCAUCUCUCCAUUGUGAGCUUGCUGGUUGGAGUUGCAGUCUUGGCUGUUAGUUUCUUAUAGAUUCAGUUGCAGUGUAGGUUGGGGUUUUCCAAUUUUUUUUUUUUUUUAUAAUUAAUAUUUUUGUUGACAAUGAAGUGUUCCUCUCUUUUGAGAGCGCCAUUGUUUUCUUUGUUGGUAGGGAUUCUGGUUUAUUUCUUUUUGGAUGAUUCCCCCAUCUUUCUUUUGAG